AUGCUGUUCCGAUCUCUUGGUCUGGCGGCUGUGGCCGCUCUGGCCGUUGAGUCUACCUCGGACGUCUCUUGCAGCGAUGAUGUGUCUAUUUCAUUGGUACCAGUUGCCUCAGGAUCGCCUCCCUCGGCUUCUCCCUCGGCUUCUCCCUCCGGCUCGCUUUCAUCCGGCUCUUCUCCUUCGAGUUUGCCUUCUUCAGUACCCGCUCCAGUUUCGGCCCCUCGCUAUGUCAUGUACUUCGACCAGUAUCAUACGACUGGAAUCCCCGACAAGUCCAUUACCAACGGCAUCACCCACGUCAUCACUGCCUUCGCCAACUCAUCCCUGUUUGCUUCCGACCCGGCUGGCGAAUACAAACCAUUCAAGCCUUUGGAUGAGGUCAGGGCUCUAUUCAACAACGGCACCAAGGUCUGCAUGGCCAUUGGUGGCUGGGGUGAUACUGAUGGCUUGAGCCAUGGCGCUUCGACGAAUGCGAGCCGCCAAAAGUUUGCCAAAAAUGUCGUCGACACCGCGGUUAAACUUGGAUACGACUGUGUUGACGUUGAUUGGGAAUACCCUGCUGGCAACGGUGCCGACUACAAGCAGAUUCCCAACGCAAACAAGACCCAGGAGAUCAACACUUUCCCCCUGCUCCUCUCAGCCAUCAAGACCCAGUUGAAGCACCACAAGAUGGAGCUCUCCGUUACCGCCCCAGGUCUCAAGCGCGACAUGAUCGCUUUUACCAAAAAACAGACUCCCAAGAUCAACGCAGCCGUUGACCACUUCACUGUUAUGACCUAUGAUCUUAUGAACCGCCGCGAUAACAAGACUGCUCAUCAUACCGACGUUAAGGGGUCCCUUGAAGCCAUCGACACCUAUAUCGCUCUUGGCGUUGCACCUGCCAAGAUCAAUCUAGGCUUCGCCUUGUACGCCAAAUGGUUCACCACGGCCGCUGGCUAUAACUGCACUGAGGGUCUUGGCUGUCCCACCGAGCUGCUUGAGGCUGCUGAUGGCAGUGAUACUGGAAAGUCGGGAGCUGUCACCUUCGAGGCUAGCAACUUCCAGGCCACUCCUACCAACCUGACCACUUCUCCGGAUUCUUCCUGCGGCGCCGGAACUUUCUACAAAUGCCCCACUGGCAACUGCUGCAGUCAAUAUGGCUACUGCGGUGCUACUGCGGCCCACUGCGGCAAUGGAUGCCAGUCCGACUACGGUAUUUGCAACGGCACCUCCACCACUACGUCUUUCAAGACUGCCCUUGCAAACGGCAAGAUCGAUGAGGUCAGAGGUGGUCAGUGGUACUGGGAUCCCGCUGGUCCUUUCUUCUGGACCUGGGAGACCCCGGCCCUUGUAACCCGCAAGUUCAACGAUAUUGUCAAGGCUCGAGGUAUCGGCGGUGUUGCCGUAUGGAGUUUGGGCGAGGACUCAUACGACUUCGGCCUUCUGAAGGCCAUCCAGGCUGGUGUCAAAGCUUGGCCCAAGAAGUAG